AGUUUUCAAUCAUUUCACACAUCGGAUUCAUUGGAAAUAGGACGAGUCAUCCGAUUUUAUACACAUCUACGACUUCUACGUGGCUUGAAGAUAAUUUAUACGAGGACAAAUACGAUUGGGAGAAGAAAUCUGAGAGUGAGAGUUGGGAGACAAAUAGAUCGACGGCGCCGACACAGGGAAAUAUCAUUUAUAAGUUAAGUUCUAAGUGAGACUGGCAAACCGUAAGUUCGUUCCGUUUGUUCGUUCCGAAAUCAUUAAUUUCAAUCACAAUCCUGUAUUUGUGUAUUUACUUCCCAAUUCAAUUACAUAUUUGUCCCGUAACCCUUAUUCUGCAAUUAACGUCCACGAAUCCUUUAUUUUGUGGUAUCGUUAAAAACGUAUUUCACGUUAUACUUGCAAAUCCUUCAUUUUGCAAGUCUUCUCACAUUCAUAUACCUUUUAGUAACGUUAAGGUUAAUAACGUUAACGGAUAUUUCUUAAUAACGCUCACAAAUCCAUUAUUUUGUGUUGUCGUUACAUUCGUAUUACACGUUUCUUGCAAAUCCUUCAUUUUGCAAGACAUAUCAUAUUCAUAUACCUUUUAGUAACGUUAAGGUUAAUAACGUUAACGGAUAUUUCUCAUUAACGCUCACAAAUCCUUCAUUUUGUGUUGCCGUCACAAACGUAUUGCACGUUAUUCGCAAAUCCUUUAUUUUGCAAAUUAUUCAUACUUAUACAUACUUAAAUACGUUAACGAUCCGUUAUUCUGUUAACGAAUUAUUUCUAAUUGCACUUAGCAACAAUAUUUCCUAUUCGCAUUUUCAUCAUAAACAGGUUAAUUCUGUUAUCUUUGCAAUCACUUCAUUUACGCUUCGUGCAUUAUUGCUCAUAUUUUCCUUAUUGUUAAACAAAGGUUGGAAUACCUUUUGUUCGUUAAUAAUUAACAUAAUUCUAAUAAAUUGCAUUUCAGAGUGUUCUAGUUUUUUGGCAUCGCUUCGUUGUGAGUGUGAACUGUAUAUAACAACGUACUUAAAUAGUGAUAUUUCACGUGUUCUAGUGCAUUCCAAUAUCCGCGCUGUUGGGCUGGCGCCUGGCUGGCUCGGACACCGCGCGCUCGCUGCGAGCUGUUGCUACGCGCUUGCACCGCUUGACUUUUUGCAGUUUUUACGCGCACCCUCACUCCGCUGCUUUUGUACUAAUUUAAGUAAUCGUUUCAAAUCUUUAUUUUUUAACUUAAUUGCAUUGCAACUGUUGUUUUUCUAGCAACUCAUUUUAUCGCAUUGGUUCGUAUAAAUUACAUUUUAGCUAUAAACAAGCUGUCAGUGCCAACUUACACUGACACAUAUACUCAAUUAAUUAACUCAUUAUUUUGCCUUUAAUUUAUAAUUUUUAAAAUGGUUGAUAUUAAACCUUUAAUUAAAAGGCGUGCCUCAUUCAAAGCUAAGCUUACGCUGUUUGAAAGCCAUCUAACAACUGUCGAAAGUUGUGAUCGCUUGAGUAGAUUGCAAACUUCUGAAUUAAAUCACCGUUUAUCAAAAAUUGAAGAAAUAUAUUCAGAAUUUGACUCCGUUCAGUGUGAUAUAGAGAACGAAUUGGAAAUUCCAGAUGAGCAGUAUAAAGAACGCGAGGCUUUCGAGAGCAAGUACUUCGGGCUCGUCGCGCGCGCGCGCGAGCUGCUGGCGGCGGCCGCGCCGGCGCCGGGCGCCUCUGCGGGCGGCGACGGCUCGGAGACAGGUUCUUGUGUUACUGCGAUUGGAGGUGGGACAAAACUUAAACUUCCUACUAUAGAUAUGCCUAGCUUCUCGGGCCAUUAUCAUGACUGGUUGGAGUUCCGUGACACAUUUAGUAGUCUCAUACAUUCAAAUGAUUCAAUUCCAAACAUUAAUAAAUUUCAUUACUUGCGCGCCGCGCUAAAGGGUAGUGCCGCGGUAGUGAUUCAAUCUUUAGAUUUUUCCAGCGAUAAUUAUACAUCAGCUUGGGAACUACUUUGCGAUCGUUAUAAUAAUAAAAGAUCUUUAGUGAACAAUCAUGUUCAGGCAAUUUUUAACAUAGAACAAUUGUCAAAAGAAUCGUCUAGAUCAAUAAGAAACCUUAUUGACACGAUAAAUAAAAACUUAAGAGCACUCAAAUCACUUGAUCUCCCUACUGAGUAUUGGGAUGUUCUCAUAAUUCAAAUAAUAUCAAGCAAAUUAGAUACAACUACACAUCAUAAAUGGGAAUCGUAUAGGAAUAAAUUAAAGGAGCUCCCUACACUUCAAAUGUUUAACGAUUUCCUCAAAGAUCGGGCUGACUUACUAGAAUCAACUGAAAUCUCUAAUAAAAAACGUCGGUCUAGCGACACUACGCACAGUCGACAGAAGGCGUUGACAGCUAAAGGUUGA